AUGCCAGCCAAACAUGAUAUCAAUAAAGUAGGAGUGGAAAGUUCUGAUUUCCCUAUAUUGUGCGAAACAUGUUUAGGACCUAACCCAUAUGUACGAAUGUCAAAACAAGAAUUCGGCAACGAAUGUAAGAUCUGUAAUCGACCGUUUACAGUGUUCAGGUGGAAUCCCGGAGCCGGAGCUAGAUUUAAGAAAACUGAGAUUUGUAAUACCUGCGCGAAGAUCAAGGGGGUUUGUCAGACUUGUUUGUUGGAUCUUGAGUACGGUUUACCAGUCCAGGUACGAGAUGCAGCUUUGGGACGUAAGAGUCAAGCACCAUCGUCAGACAUCAAUAAGCAAUAUUAUAUACAGAAUCUAGAAGCUCAGAUGGCAGAUUCACCUGACGGAUCAUCAUCAUUCGAUUCGGAAGUUGCGAACAGAGCCGGUAGAGAGAUGUUAAAAGGGAUAGCUAGAUCUGAUCCAUAUUACAAGAGGAAUAGACCACAUAUAUGUAGUUUCUUCGUGAAAGGGGAAUGUAAGAGAGGUGGAGAAUGUCCUUUCAGACACGAAAUACCGAAAGAAGGGGCAUUGGCCAAACAAAAUAUCGUAGAUCGUUAUUACGGUAAAAAUGAUCCUGUAGCAAAGAAGAUAUUGAGAGAACAAGCGGAGAGUAAAGGUAUGAAAGCUCCAGAGGAUAAAUCAAUUACAACCCUAUUAUUCCUUGGUUUACCUACCACUACUGAAUCGGAAGUUCGAGCGUCCUUGGUUGGAGCAUGUCCAUUCGUCAAACCUAUAGACAUAAAAGGAAUAACCAUCGUAGAGACAUCUCAUUGUGCAUUCAUAAACUUCAAACAGCGUCAAUUGGCUGAGAGGGUAGCUGAAGCAUUAUCGGCUCAAGGUGGAAUAGAAGUGGGUGGGAAGAAAGCCAAGGUCGUUUGGGGAAGAGCGAGACCUCAGAAAGGUAAAGCCCCUGCUACCAGUACACCUUCGGGCGAGGCUAGUGCGUCUGGAUCAGCUGUUACGACGGAAAGUAGUUGA